AUGGACGCAAAGCCACAGCGACCCCUUCGCGCGGUGCGUGUGCGAACCGAUGAAAACCUCCCUCCUCUCGACCAUGUUGUAGGCAAGACCAUCCACCAACGCAAUAAGUCCAGUCCUGCAUUAUCAAUGGCGGCCAAUAUGCAGAAGGCUGGUACAAAGCGUGCGGCCUUUGGUGAUCUCAGUAAUGUCUCUCAGCAAGUCAGACCUAGCAAGGAUGACUCUUCGCUGCCCACCAAGCCGGCUUCUCAACUUCAGUCAAAACCGGUCCUACCCUUGUCGCAACAACCUCUUCACAAGCCGGCGCAACGACCAAUGUCCGUCUCGAAUCUUCGAGGUCUGAUCACUGGCAACCCAAGUGCCUCUCACCCGGUCUCGAUCGAUACUGUGGCACUACAACAAGGAAGCAGCCAGCCUGCCAACUCAAGAAAGGUCUUGACCAAACGAAAUACGACAGUCUUCAAGGACGCCGUCGUCCCUCUAGCGACUGUCCAAGAGCAAGACGUCAGCCAGAAGCCUCUACCUCCUACAUCACAACACGACUCUGCAAGUAAUCUCCAAGGUAUUUCACUGCCAGAGAUUCUGCCGGAGACCCUACUCCCAGCACCUGGUCAACAAAGCUGUAUCAGCAAGGAUCCCGUCAAGGAACCGGCGCAUCCUCUAUCCGACUCUAGCUUGCCUGGCAUUGAGGCCGUAUCUCUCGCAUCGGAACAGAUCUCAGCUCCCCUGGACUACGGCGAGGCUGCAGUGGAUCCCAUCAAGCGUGAGAUUGCGCAGUCGACUGGUGAUGCCGUCCAACAUCUUCCAGCCACCAAUAACGCUAGCUUGGCACAACCAGCAAAGAACCACCCCACCUCUUUUCCCUCGACCAAAGUCUCCAUCGCCUCGAUACCUUUACCACCAUUUGAGCCAAAGUCGUUCAGCUAUCCUGCCGUUACCGAGGUCGAAGAAUGCUGGGAAGAAGAGGAGACACCAGUGGAAGAAGAAGGAUACGUGACUGCGCGAUCAUUCCGAUCCAAAGGCGAGAACACUACUGGUGGUGCCACUACAAUUAUCUUCCCUCAUGUCAACCAGCGCAUCCGGAAAGAAAUUAAGGCUGCCACUGAGCUUGUAGAAGCAACCCGCAACCCCGAAGAGGUCGACGAUGAGAUGUACGAUACAAGCAUGGUCGCCGAGUAUGGCGACGAGAUCUUCGAGUACAUGAGAGAGAUGGAAGUCAAGAUGCUACCAAAUGCACACUACAUGGACAACCAGCAUGAAAUCCAGUGGUCCAUGCGCUCAGUGCUCAUGGACUGGCUCAUACAGGUUCAUCACCGGUUCAACUUGCUACCUGAGACGUUGUUCCUCACUGUCAACUACAUCGACCGGUUCCUGUCCUGCAAGAUCGUGUCUCUCGGGAAGCUGCAGCUUGUCGGAGCCACGGCCAUCUUCAUCGCCUCAAAAUACGAAGAAAUCAAUUGCCCGUCCAUCCAAGAGAUUGUAUACAUGGUCGACAAUGGGUACAGUGUGGAUGAACUGCUCAAGGCCGAACGCUUCAUGCUCACCAUGCUUCAUUUCGAACUCGGCUGGCCUGGUCCCAUGAGCUUCUUGCGCAGAAUCAGCAAAGCGGACGAUUAUGAUCUUGAGACCCGCACUCUCGCGAAAUACUUCCUGGAAGUCACCAUCAUGGACGAGAGAUUUAUCGGUAGCCCUCCAAGCUUCACUGCGGCUGCAUCACACUGUCUGGCAAGAUUGAUGCUGCGCAAAGGGGAUUGGACUGCUCAUCAUGUCCAUUACUCCGGCUACACCUUCAGUCAGCUCCGGCCUCUGCUGAGUCUCUUGAUCGAAUGCUGCGUGGCACCUCGCUCCCAUCAUGCUGCCGUGUUCAACAAGUACUGCGACAAACGAUUCAAGCGAGCUGCAUCAUUCGUCGAAGUCGAGAUGAGCAAAGGUUUUGCGCUGCACGAGGUUGCACAACCAAAGAUUAUGCCUCCACCCAUUAUGCAAAAGUUCUAUGAUUCUGUAUCAUACUUCCCAGGCUGA